UUUUCUCCAAGAAAGAAAACAAACAAGUUCUUUGUUUUGGUUAGGACCAAUGGGUUUGAUUUUCCGGGUACUACUAGUCUUUCUUGUGGUGCUCGCCGCACUCGCCACCAUCUCCAACGCCCAUGGUGACGGUACACUCACUCUCCGAUGCCAUCCGGAUGAGGCUGCAAGCCUCCUCCAACUGAAGAAAUCUUUCUCUUUCUUCCGUUACCCUAGUGGCCUUGAGUCAUGGCAAGAUGGUACCGACUGUUGUCUUUGGGAAGGCGUUGGCUGCAGCAAUUCCUUCGGCCAUGUCACUGCUUUGGAGCUCGGUGGUUGUGGCCUCUGUAGUCAGGGCCUUGACCCUGCAAUCUUCAAGCUCACCUCGCUCCAAUUACUCGACCUUAGCAUGAAUAAUUUUGGCAUGCACAUUCUCCCGGCAAGCGGGUUUGAGAGGCUCUCCUUGCUGACUCACCUCAACCUCUCCAAUUCGAGAUUCCAAGGCAAGAUACCCAUUGGCAUCAGCAAACUUGUCAACCUUAUCUCCUUGGAUCUUUCUGUUUCCUAUUAUGACACUACUGAAGAUUCACUUAGUGACUAUGAUAGCAGCAUCGCUAUCAUUUCUUAUGUGUUCUGGCUGCCCAACUUUCAGAACCUAGUGGCCAACCUCAAAAAUUUGAGAGAGCUCUACCUUGAUGGAGUGGAUAUGUCUAGCAGUGGAGACUGGUGUCAUGCUCUUGCAGAAUCUCUUCCAGAUCUCCGAGUUCUUAGCUUAAGUUCUUGUUUUCUCGGCGGUCCUAUCUGUUGGUCCCUCUCAAGACUCCACUCUCUAACUGCAAUAAACUUGGAAGAUAACUUUGAUAUACCGGCUACUUUUCCAGAGUUUUUCAUGGAUUUUUCCAAUUUAAGUGUGCUCCAACUUGCUCGGACAAAUCUCCAAGGGUGGUUCCCUCGUAGAGCUUUUGAAUCAAAAACUCUGCGAGUUCUUGAUUUAUCCGGGAAUCAGGAUCUCUUAGGGCAUGUGCCCAACUUCUCCAAUGCAAGUUCCUUAGAGACAAUGAUGCUAGACGGGACCAAUUUAUCCUUUGCAAAACCAGGAUCGUUUAGCAAUUUCAAGUCUUUGAAAAGGUUAAGUUUUGAUGUGAUUUUUUUCUCAGUGGAUCCUCCAUCUUCACUCGAUAUCCUUGGGUCUCUACGGCAAUUGCAAGUCUCCCAGGUGGACUCGGCAGUAGAUGUAGGGGCAAUUUUCUCAUGGAUGUCAGACCUGCAGAAUUUGCAAAGCUUAAAACUCUCCUGGUGCAACUUCUCCCAGACAUCUUUUUCUUCAGUUGCCAAACUCAAGAGCUUAAGAAGCCUGACAAUUUCUGACUGCAGCUUAACUAGACCAGUGCUAUCAACAUUAGGUUAUCUAGUAGAUUUGAGAAGCCUGGAGAUCUUUAAUUGCAUAUUUAGUGGUUCAAUACCGUCUGCAGUUGGCAACCUCACAAACUUGAGAGUCUUGAAAAUCAAUGGAUGCGACUUUUCAGGGCCGAUACCAUCUUCAAUUGGUAAUCUCAUGAACCUGAGAAGCUUGGAAAUAAAUGGUGCUUAUGGCUCUUUCGACAGCCGUGCUGGCUCUUCUGUGGCAACACCAUCUUCAGUUGGCAACCUCAGUAACUUGGUAAGCUUGGAAAUCUGGUAUUGCUUUUUCUCUGGGCAAAUACCAGAUGCAGUUGGACUACUCAAGAAGUUGGCAGUUCUUCGACUUGGACAGUGUGGCUUUUCUGGACGCAUACCAAAUUCAAUUGUUAACUUGAUUCAACUAAUUGAUCUAGAUCUUUCAUCUAAUGUUCUCAACGGGAAACUUUCAACAUCAGUUUUUAGUAUUCCCACAUUGCAACGCCUAGAUUUUCACUCAAACCAGCUCUCUGGUUUUAUACAAGACUUCAAUGCAACGUCUUCACACUUGGUUUCAGUGGACUUAAGCACAAACGAAUUGACAGGGAAUAUUCCCAAGUCAUUCUUUCAACUAAAAAAUUUGGCAUACCUCGAUAUUGGCUCGAACUACUUGGUGGGUUCGUUGGAUCUUUCCUCGUUUUGGAGGUUGGGAAAUCUUGUUCAUUUAAGUCUUUCCCACAACAAUCUAUCAGUCAUGGACAUGGAUGGAGAAGGUAACAACUCUCUGUCUACCUAUCUCCCUCGAGUUACCAAGUUAGAAUUAGCGAGUUGCAAUUUAACAGGAUUUCCAAGUUUAUUGGAACACGUUAAGCAAGUGUCUUACUUGGACUUGUCAUGCAAUAGAAUCAGUGGGGCUGUUCCGAAGCUGGUAUGGGUGACAUGGAACAACAGCCUUACAUAUUUGAAUCUUUCACACAACAUGCUCAGCACUAUGCAAGUUACUUCAUUUGUUCUCCCUUUCGAUAAGUUGGAGGUUAUUGAUCUUAGUUCCAACCAGCUUCAGGGGCAGAUUCCUAUGCCAAGCUGGUCAGUGUACUUCGAUUGUUCAAACAAUAGUUUCUCUUCAGUGCUUCCAAACUUCACUCUCUAUCUUGGCGAUGAGUUCAGAAUUUCUAAAAACAAUAUCAGUGGACAUAUACCAAACUCAAUUUGUGAUUCACGGAUCAGUGUCCUUGACCUGUCAUUUAACAGCUUCAGCGGGCAGAUACCUUCGUGUCUAAUAGAAGAUGGUUACACUAGCGUGUUGAGUUUGCGGGAGAAUCAAUUUGAAGGUGUGUUGCCUAACAACAUCAAAGACCAAUGUAUGCUUCACACAUUAGACUUGAACGGCAAUAAGAUUGAAGGGAAGCUUCCAAUGACACUUACCAAGUGCUGGCAGCUAGUGCUCCUUGACGUUGGAAAUAAUAACAUGGUGGGUGCUUUUCCAUCAUGGCUGGGGCUACUUCCCGAACUUCGUAUCCUUGUCUUGAGAUCCAACCGAUUCUAUGGCUCGGUGGGUGGUGAUCUUCACAGCAGUGAAAAAUAUGGAGAGUACUUCUCUAGCUUGCAGAUUCUGGAUCUUGCCUCGAACAAUUUCUCCGGUAAUUUGAGUCCAGAUUGGUUUGAGGGGCUGAAAUCAAUGAUGUCAGAGUUGAACACAACAGGUCGUAUUAUUAGUAGUUUUAACGGAAGUAUGGAACAUCCCUAUCAGGAUUCUGUUGCUAUAUACUAUAAAAGCAUCUACAGGACAUUUGAUAAGAUCUUGACCACUUUAACAGUCAUUGACCUAUCAAAUAAUUCAUUGGAUGGCACCAUUCCGGGAUCGCUUGGGAGGCUUAUUUCGUUACAUGUACUAAACAUGUCAGGGAAUGCCAUCACGGGUGAUAUUCCGCAGGAAUUUGGCGGGAUGACUCAACUAGAAUCUCUCGACCUGUCUCAGAACCAGCUUUCUGGUGAUAUUCCGGAGGCGCUAACAAAUCUCACCUUUCUUGGUAUCUUGAACUUGUGCAACAACCAGUUGGUGGGAAGGAUACCUCGCUCAGGUCAAUUUGCGACGUUCCAAAACAGUUCAUUUGAGGGAAAUAUGGGGCUGUGUGGACUGCCAUUGUCCAACCCAUGCAGCAAUUCACCUACUCCUCCAAGUGCAGUGCAUGGGGAGAAGUCCUUUCAUGUGGACGUCAUCUUGUUUCUCUUCGUCGGGCUGGGCUUUGGUAUCGGAUUUGCAGCUGCCAUCCUGAUAAGAUGGGGUCGGAUUCGCAAAUGGUUUGUUAAAUCUGCAAGAGCUUUGAGGACUUGAUCUGAACACUGGAGAUUGCUUCAACCGUUGCUGCUAGUGAUGAGUGUGCAAUGCUUUUUAUGUAUUAUUAUUAAGCCUUUGCUAGGUCUUAUCCUCUGCAGUGUGUACUUAUCUGUAAUAUAUUGAUUGGCCAAGCGGCUAAACAUAUUGUAGUGUAUCCCCUGUGAU